GCUCAUUCGGGACAUCUAGUCCUCUAUCGCGUCUAUCUACUUCGCGCGAGUUCACAAUCUCAACACGCGUGCCGAACUACCUUGUAGAGACUUGUACUUAGUAGGUCUAUCGACAACAACAGUGAGCUUGGGUGUUCGAAAAUGUAGAUAAAAGGUGGGAGUGUUCGUCUUGAAUUCACAUCUAUCAUCAAUCAUCUGAGUUGCUACGUAUCAACAUCGACAAUAUCCUCAAUAUCUACCACUAUGUCUGCCCCCGUUGCUAUGAAACACUUUGCUCAGGCCCAGAAGGAGUACAAGCCUCCUCUCAUUGCCAAUGAGAACGCAUUUCUUGGCGAUGUAUACAGCAGUGAUCAGACCAAUCCCGAGCAUCCCAUCAGUUGUGGAUUCUACAGGCUAGAAAAGGGAACACCUCUUGUGUACACAUACACUUAUGACGAAAUGAAGAUUAUCGUUGAAGGUCAAUAUACUAUCUCGGAUGAGACUGGCAACAAAGUGGAGGCCAAGCCUGGUGACGUUUUCUUUUUCCCCAAAGGCUCGACUAUUACAUUCACAACCGAGGACUAUGGUUUGGCUUUCUACACUGGUGCCAGAAAGGAAGGUGCUGCAUAGGGUUAUGGAAUCCUCAAAUGCAAGAUUUCGAAGGAAUAUCAUGAGCAUCAUAUAUCGAGUGACAACUCAAUAUAAAAUAACGAAUUCAAGGAA